AUGGUUAGAAAAGAUAAGAAAAAUAGAACAUGUGAUAGGUGUAGUAAGACUGUAGCAACACCUCAAAAACUUCGAGAACAUCUUGAACGAAGGAAUCCUUGUCAGCUUAUUAAUCAAAUACCUAAAAUAGUAUCCAAAACUAGACAAGUUACAGAAGCUAAUAACUAUAAUGUUCAUCAAGCUUUGCCAGUAGUUAAUAAUAACGAAUCAGAAAUAAAAGGUCUUAAUGACCGAUUACCUGCAGAAUGCAAAUCACUUUAUGACGAAUUGUUGCAAAUGGACGAUGAGGCAUAUGAAGAUAUAGAACCUAUAAAAAGGACGAAAGAAAAACAUGAAUUCUUUGGAGAAGUUGAAGAAGAGACAGAUAGGAAAGUAGUAAUUAAGCCUACUAAAAAUAUGAUUACUGGAGAUAAUGAAAGAGAUAUAUUAUUUCGAGAACAAAAUAUGGGCCCAGCAUUAAAAAGACGAGCUGUAGCUGUACAUAUUGCAAAA